AUGCCCAAAAACAGCAAGGCCGUCAAGAGAGAGCUUGACGACGAUGUCACAGAGUCGGCACGGGACCUGCUUUCCAACGAGGACGCCUGUGAUGAUUCCUUCAAGAAGAGUUCGCUGAUCAUCGGCGGCCAUGACGGCGACGGCAAGGAACGCGAUGUUGAAGAGGGCGGCUCCGAUGGCGAUGAUGAGGAGGAAGAGCGACCAGCCUGGAACAGCAAAUUGCAGUACAUCCUGGCUCAGGUGGGCUUCUCUGUAGGCCUCGGCAACGUCUGGAGGUUCCCGUACCUGUGCCAGAAGAAUGGAGGCGGGGCUUACCUGGUGCCCUACUUGAUCCUGCUGGUGUUGAUUGGCAUCCCGCUUUUUUUCCUGGAGCUGGCCGUGGGUCAGCGCAUCCGUCGGGGAAGCAUCGGUGUGUGGAACUAUAUCAGCCCUCGACUGGGGGGUAUCGGCUUCGCUAGUUGCGUGGUGUGUUUCUUCGUGGCUCUCUACUACAAUGUCAUCAUCAGCUGGAGCCUCUUUUACUUCUCACAGUCCUUCCAGCAACCGCUGCCUUGGGAUGAGUGUCCACUCGUCAAGAACCAGAACAGCACAUUGACUUUUUAUCGUACAGAUCCACCGUACAGGGUGCCUGAGUGCGAUAAGAGCUCAGCAACGACUUACUACUGGUACCGUGAAGCCCUGGACAUCUCUGACAGCAUCUCUGAGGGCGGAGGACUCAACUGGAAGAUGACGCUGUGCCUCCUGGCCGCCUGGUCAAUGGUCUGCCUGGCCAUGAUCAAGGGCAUCCAGUCCUCUGGGAAGGUUAUGUACUUCAGUUCAUUGUUCCCAUACGUGGUGCUUAUCUGCUUCCUGGUUCGUUCACUGCUCCUGGAGGGCUCCAUGGAUGGGAUUCGCCACAUGUUCACGCCCAAGCUGGAAAAGAUGCUGGAGGCCAAAGUCUGGCGCGAGGCGGCCACGCAGGUGUUCUUCGCGCUGGGCCUGGGCUUCGGCGGCGUCAUCGCCUUCUCCAGCUAUAACAAGCGCAACAACAACUGCCACUUUGAUGCGGUACUGGUGUCCUUCAUCAACUUCUUCACAUCCGUGCUGGCCACUUUGGUGGUGUUCGCAGUGCUCGGCUUCAAGGCCAACAUCAUGAACGGCAAAUGCGUGGAGAACAACAGCAAAAAGAUUGUGGGUCUGCUGGGAAAUGGUAUCGAGGCCAACCUGAUCCCCAACCACAUCAACCUUAGUCACAAAGUGAGCGUGGAUGACUACCAUCAGAUGAUUGCCAUCAUCAAAGGUGUCAAGGAGGACAACUUUUCCAAAUUUGGACUGGACUCUUGUAGAAUUGAGAAUGAUCUCAACAAGACGGUGCAGGGCACAGGCCUGGCAUUCAUCGCCUUCACGGAGGCCAUGACGCAUUUCCCUGCGUCUCCCUUCUGGUCGGUGAUGUUCUUCCUCAUGCUGAUCAACUUAGGACUUGGCAGCAUGUUCGGGACCAUCGAGGGCAUCCUCACACCUCUUAUCGACACGUUCAAAGUGCGCAAGGAGCUCUUGACCGUGGGCUGCUGCGUGCUGGCCUUCUCCCUCGGCCUGGUUUUCGUGCAGCGCUCAGGGAACUACUUUGUCACCAUGUUCGACGACUAUUCGGCCACGCUGCCGCUGCUCAUCGUGGUCAUCCUGGAGAAUCUCGCCAUUGCUUGGUUCUAUGGCAUCGACAAGUUCUUUGAGGACCUUAAGGACAUGCUGGGCUUCACACCGUACCGCUUCUACUACUACAUGUGGAAGUUUAUCACGCCCAUCCUGCUGUUGGUGCUGCUGGGCAGCAGCUUCGUCCAGCUCAUCAUGAAGCCGCCCGAAUAUAGUGCCUGGAUACAAGCCCAGGCCAAGGAGGAGAUGGUUGGCUUCCCCCCGUGGGGCGUGGCGGUGUGCGUCUCCCUGGUGGUGGUGGCGGUGCUGCCCGUGCCGGUGGUGUUCGUGCUGCGCUACUUCAAUGUGAUGGCCGACGGCGGUGCUGGCGGCAUCUCGGCAGUGUCCUACAAAAAGGGCCGCAUCAUCAAGGAGAGCGCCGCGCCCGGCGAGGAUGACGACGCCAGCCUCCUUCGCGCCAAGAUCACGCCUAACGAGGCUCCCUCGCCUGCGCCUGCCAACGGUAUCUACCGCAAGCAGAACGCCGGCCGCGGCGACGGGGGUCCCGAAGUGGACGCCACGCCUAACGGUCGCUAUGGCAUCGGCUACCUGAUGGCCGACAUGCCGGAUGUGCCUGAAUCGGACUUGUAG